GCAGUACACAGGCUAAGAAUACCACAGCUCACUGGGAUUUUUCAACUUCCAAAUCUGGCAGUGGUAUUGGUGAGGCGAUUCUUGUAAACGAAACUCAAAACUGUAAAAGUUUUUCAGCAGUUUUGAAAAUGUUCACCCAUUGGAUUAAACCUUUUGAAGAUGAAAAUUGGUGGAUUACUGCAAGGAUUUUUUUGUAACUAUUUAAACAGGAUUUUAUUUCAUCCAUUGGAGUCACAGGUCAUACCUCAAAGCAACAGGGGCCAAAGCAGGUGUUGUGUUUGAGCCAGGAAACUUUGAAGACAGAAAACCUUUGAAAGCUGGUGGUUAUGAGGCCCUUUGUUUUUAUUUAAUCUACCCAAAGACUUUAAUUUCACAUUCUGACAGUGCCUGCUCAGUGACUUCUCUUUACUUACAGUCUUUCCAACUCCAGGAUCACCCUUGAAAGGAGUGGAGCUACUAUGAGACCUAUUUGUUUUUUCUCCAAGUUUCUAGGAUAUAGUUUAUCAUUUAACUCCAUAAGCAAGCAAUAGAUUGUGAGGUCGACGGUGUUCUGUAAAUACAGUGACAGCAUGAGGAAUGGCCGUCAAGAGGAAAUAAACUGAGCAGCUCAUAUUAGUAAACAUUGCGCUCUUCAAAAUAAGGACUACAGCAAUGGAAUCUGAGUUGCUUAGAGAUUCGAGUGUUGCUCAGAGUUUCAAACAGUAGUCCAGACUGUUCCAGAGAGGACUGAUAUCUUUUGAACACUCAGAGAUUUUAGAAGGACAACAACGAAGGCUCAUAGAGUAGAAAACUUCCAAAGGAACACGGUAAGCUAAAGCAGAACCAAUGGAACAGAACUCUUCCAACCGCAAUGCCACACCAAUGGACAAACAAGAGGUUGUGGCUGAGUUAGUACCCUCACACCACAGCAGAGGGAGGAAGGACCGAAUCCAAGGCCGGCAACGACUCUUCCCUCUAGCUGUCUUCCUCCCUCUGUGCAUGCUACUGUGCAUUUGGGGUCAGGUGGAAGGAGUGAUGCAUUCCAGCUUCCGCAGACUGAGCAUUCGGGAAAAGAAGGAGAUGCAGAAGGAGAUUUUAUCCAUUCUUGGGCUGCCCGGACGACCCAGGCCACAUCCGCCCCUGCGGCCUCCUUCCUCUGCCCCACUCUUUAUGCUGGAUUUGUACCAUGCCGUUUCAUCUGAGGGUGAUGAUGGACCAGGCUUGGGCUUCAAUCCAGAAGGAAUCAGCCAUGCCGCAAUGCCCACAUUAAGUACACACACUCCACCCCUUGGCACGGUGGUCAGUGAGGCAGAUACUGUCAUGAGCUUUGUCAACUUGGUGGAGCAGGAGAAGGAUUUGCUCCAGCCACGGCCUUACUGGAAAGAGUUCCGCUUCGAUCUGACCCCGCUUCCUCAAGGAGAGACGGUCACCGCCGCUGAGUUUCGCAUCUAUAAAACACUUCCCAUGGGCUGGCGAGCAAAUCGCACCCUCCAUAUCUCUGUCUAUGAAAUCCAGAAGGAGAAAAGACACAGGGAGCCAGAGUUGGUACUGUUGGACAUGCAGUCAGUGCCAGCAGGUCAGGAGGGCUGGCUGGCAUUUGAUGUGACUUCUGCAAGCAAUCGCUGGCUUCUCCAUCCUCGAAGCAACCUAGGCAUCCGUCUUUAUGUAGAAACUGAGGAGGACCGCUCCUUGUCUGCCGGAUGGGUGGGUUUGGUGGGUCGGCGAGGUCCACGGUCCAAGCAGCCCUUCAUGGUGACAUUUUUUAGGGCUAGUCAAGCCCCCUGCCGCCCACCUCGCGCUGUGAGACACAACAAUCCACGCAAGAAAAAACACAAAUACGACCUGCCACACCCAAAUAGACCAGGAAUAUUUGAUCAAAAUUAUGCUAGCAGCGGACGCCAGGCAUGUAAGAAACAUGAACUCUAUGUCAGUUUCAGUGAUCUUGGCUGGAAGGACUGGGUUUUGGCACCUCCAGGCUAUUCUGCAUAUUAUUGUGAUGGGGAAUGUGACUAUCCUCUGGGCUCCUGUAUGAAUGCCACCAACCAUGCAAUGAUCCAGCUUCUGGUACACCUUCUAAGACCAGACGAAGUGCCCAAGGCCUGCUGUGCUCCAACCAAACUCAGUUCUGUCUCUGUGCUAUUCUACGAUGACAAUAACAAUGUCAUUCUCAAGAAACAUCGGAAUAUGGUGGUGAAGAACUGUGGCUGCUUAUAACCUUCUAUACACAGUAUUUCUCUUGUUAAACCCAUUUCAAAUCCCUUAAGCACUAUUUGUAAUAUACAAUGUAUUAUUUUUUAAACCAAAGUGCUUUUGUCCCAAAUCGACUAUUUUUUUUAUUUUUAUUUAAUUGUCAUGAUCUCAGCCUAUUUGUUGUAUAUGUGAUGUUCAUGCUGCACCAGUCGAUUUAAGAUUGGAAUUCAAUUUAUUAUAAAAAAAGGAAAACUAUUUGCAUUAUUUGUAAACAUUUUUCACACACAAAUGGUAAAAUGCUUGUCUUAUAAAGUAUAUCAGCUCGUAAAGCUUUUUUUAAAGUAUGAUUAUAAAUGUAUGGAGUCUAAAACACAACUUUAACUUCCAUGGACAAAGAUCUUCUAAACAUUCCACCUAACGAAAGCUCUUUUAUUAAAAUAACUUUAUAUAUAAAAGUUAUGCUGUUUCUCCUUAAUGAACUACCCACACGACUGAUUUAUCUAAAACAAAAACAAGGCCCAUUAAUUCAGCCCAUGACAGGCCUGCACACAUAGACAAAAUUCAGUUAUCAAGAAAUUGCAAUUUCAUUAAGCUGAUUCAAAUCAAGCAUUUGUUGACACAAAUCUUGCUUGGACAUGGUGUAAAAUGAAUUCAGUGCUGAAAGUUUUUUUUUUUUUUUUCUCCCCACAGUGAAUUUAGUGAUUAUAACAGAUACCAUCAUAGCGGUGCCUCGCAUAUGCAGACAUAUUUCAGUUUGGUUUCACA